CGAUAAACCGUUUUCGAUGAAACGUCAAAGCAGUCAACCAAAAUCAUAACAAAACAAUUUUUUGUUCAACAAAAAAUUUCAUUUUUAUAUUCUUUACAAGAAAGUUUUAUUUCUUCAAUAGAAAGUGUAUACCAGUGAGCGUAUUGUAACAUGUCCCUGCAUAGCGAUACAUCCGAAGAUUUAUCGCGCAACUCUACCGAGAUGGGACUGCCCCCGAUCAACUUUGUCGACGACAAAUAUCCUUACUGCAUCGUCUGGACACCGAUUCCGGUGCUGACCUGGUUUUUUCCGUUCAUCGGCCACAUGGGUAUCGCCAUGUCGAACGGCGUGAUACGCGACUUUGCCGGACCGUACUUCGUGUCGGAGGACAAUAUGGGCUUCGGGCGGCCCACGCGUUACUUGCGCCUGCAUCCGGCACACGCGUUCGGAGGUUCCCAGAACUGGGACGAAUCGGUAGUCAAGGCGUCGGCUACGUACGGCGCACGGAUGCACAACCUGUUCUGCGACAAUUGCCACUCGCACGUAGGAAUGGCACUGGCGCUGAUGCGGUACAAAGAGUACAGCAACUGGAACAUGGUAGUGCUGGCGUUUUGGAUGUUUUUCAGAGGCAAGUACGUCGGUGUGCGGGGAUUCAUCAAAACCUGGCUACCGUUUCUUAUUAUACUGACUAUCUGCGCACUGGUUGCAAUGUACUCUAAGUGGACUAUCUAGUAAGGCAAAUGGCUAGGAGCAGGAGAAAGUCGAUCGAUGACCCGCAGAGCAUUACAUUUCAUUCCUUGGGAUCGUUGCGUUCGACCGGCAGGAGGCUGACAACUUAUUCAUUAGACAUUAGGAUGUACUGGAUGUAUGUGUAAAGCAAAUGAAUAUACGACACCUGCACAAACCGGUGCAGGACAUCAGUAAUUUAUUAACAAAA